GACGAUCGACACAUAUAUUUUGUUUCUGUUGUUUUCAUUUAUUUAUUUGUUUGUUUGUGGGAGGGAGAGCGAGAGAGCUAGAGAGGCCCAGCCUCUCCCGUUCGUUCAUGUCUUCUUAGCAAAGCAAAUCAAACCACCGUACGUAGUACCAAUUCCAUCUCUCUCGAUCUCUGAUCUCCCCGAUCCAUCCAUCUUGUCCGAUCCAACUCCGGCGGCGCGGGCGGGCCACCGACCACCACCACCGCGCGCCGACGACAAGAAUGCAGACGCAGACGCAGACCCAGACGACGACGACGACGCCACCGCAAAAGCAGCAGCAGCAGCACAUGGCGAUGACGACGACGACGGUGAGCCGGCCGGCCAUGGAUGAUGUUCAGGAGGCGGCGGCCAAGGCGACGGAGGACGACAUCAUGACGAAGGGCCGGCGGCGGGUGGACGACGGCUUCUUCGACGCCGGGAAGCCGCCGCCGUUCCGCAUCGGCGACGUGCGCGCGGCGGUGCCGGAGCACUGCUGGCGCAAGAGCCCCUGGCGGUCGCUGUGGUACGUGGCGCGCGACGUGGCGGUGGUGGCGGCGCUGGGCGCGGCGGCGGCGGCGGGCGCGGACAGCUGGGCGGUGUGGCCGCUCUACUGGGCGGCGCAGGGGACCAUGUUCUGGGCGCUCUUCGUCCUCGGACACGACUGUGGUCACGGCAGCUUCUCGGACAGCCCGACGCUCAACAGCGUGGUUGGUCAUCUCCUCCACUCCUUCAUCCUCGUCCCCUACCAUGGAUGGAGGAUCAGCCACAGAACACACCAUCAGAACCACGGCCACAUCCACAGGGACGAGUCAUGGCACCCGAUCACGGAGGGGCUGUACCGGCAACUGGAGACGCGCACCAAGAAGCUCAGAUUCACGGUGCCCUUCCCGCUGCUCGCAUUCCCUGUCUACCUCCUGUACCGGAGCCCCGGCAAGACGGGCUCCCACUUUCUUCCCAGCAGUGAGCUGUUCAGCCCCAAGGAGAAGGGCGACGUCAUGCUCUCAACCACCUGCUGGUGCGUCAUGCUCGCCUCCCUCUUCGCCAUGGCGUGCGCGUUCGGUCCAGCCCAGGUGCUCAAGAUGUACGGCCUCCCAUACCUUGUGUUUGUGAUGUGGCUUGACUUGGUGACGUACCUGCACCACCAUGGGCACCAUGAGCGCCUCCCCUGGUACCGUGGCGAGGAGUGGAGCUACCUGCGCGGCGGGCUGACGACGGUGGACAGAGACUACGGCUGGAUCAACAAGAUCCACCACGACAUCGGCACCCAUGUCAUCCACCAUCUCUUCCCGCAGAUCCCGCACUACCAUCUCGUCGAAGCUACCAAGGCAGCGAAGCCGGUGCUGGGGCGAUACUACCGGGAGCCACAGAAGUCAGGGCCGCUGCCACGGCACCUCCUUGGCGUGCUCCUCAGGAGCCUCAGAGUCGACCACUUUGUCAGCGACCGUGGGGAUGUUGUCUACUACCAAACUGACCAUGACUUGAACACCACUGCUAAAGGCUGGGCUGCCCAAAACCAUCAUAAGCAAAAAUGAGUCUCAAAGACUGGUCGGAGUAACAACAUUAUAUUUUGUUACACAAUGCAGGCCACAGAACAACUUCAACUCCAUAUGGAAUUGAAGUCUGAUAGAUGAUAGCAUAGGCUCCUCGCAAAAAAGAAAAGAAAAGAAGAUGAUAGCAUAGGCAUGAGAAAAGUCAAAUAAGAAGCAAGCUAGCUAAGGGGUCCUCUAGUUGAAGAACUAUAUUGUGACACAGGAGGAGGCCAGCCCUGCAACACACCCGGACUAGCUACUUGCUACACAUUGCUUCAUUGAUUGGGCGCAUCAUCAGGUUCAGAAGAUCAUUCGCCCACUAGAGUAGCUAAGCGUUACUCCUACUGUACUAUACAAUAUAAUUCUGGCAUGUACUAUGUACUUAGAUGUUGAGUUGGAGCCCUGGAUUCGUGUAACGGUGGUUGCAUGGCCACUACUCUCUGAAAUUUGUAUUUCCUACCUCUCAAAAACAUUAUUUUGUGUCAUGCAAAUUGGGCUUAAUCUGUA